AUGCCGGAGGCCAGCUCUGGCAGCCAGGGAGUAUAUAUCCCGAUCGGAGAGGGACGCAUGUCGGCGAAUAACAUAUUAGGGACGAGAGGAAUUAUCUGGGAGAGAAGUAGAGAUGGACUUUCCCUGUGUCCUUCCAAAGGCACACAGCCCAUGGUUACUCUGAGCAUCGUGCGCAAGCGCUCUCUCACUGAAGGGAACAAAUCAUGUGAUUCAUACAUUAAGAGACAGUCCAUAUAUGCUGUGUCAGCAGAGGAUCUAUUUGAACUGGAAGGCCCUGUGAAAUACUAUGCUAACAGACCUAUUGUGACCUGGUGCAAGCUUGAAAAAAACAGCUGUUUAAAUCUUGGGGAUAGACUUUAAGGUCAAGUGUUGGGCAGAAAAGAGAGUAUUUCAGUUCUUCUUCUGCAUUUUAAUCAAGUGCUUGUUGGUGACAACGGGUCAUACUGUUCUAUGAAUUCUUUGUCUGGACUCAUGGAAAGCCCCUCAGUUACUGUUAAUGCGACAGACCGGACUCAAAAUAAUUCAGAGCACCCUCUUGUAAGGGAACAACUGAAGCCUUCUGAUACAACAGGAAGUGAAAUUUACCUGCCUUUUAGGAGUGAGCAAAUUGAAGUCGCUACCAGGCAAAAUUCCCAAACACUGCCAUCAGAAACUGGAAUAUGAUAAUAGCCCCUGGUUUAGGGUCCAGAAAAACCCUGGGUUCCAUGGGUUUAUUCUAACCCAUGUCUGGACAAAAAGGGCAUUGUUUAUGCUUCCUUGAGCCAUUCCAUCAUUGCAAUGAACCCAAGACAGGAAAGAAAUGUGUAAGAAGCACCUUUGGAGUAUGCAGUUAUGUGCUUGAAGAGUUAAAUCCGGUCCUGAUCUCCCACCAGUGAUCAAUGAAUCAUCCGCCAAUCAGCACCAUUAUCUGAGCCUAACAAAAUGUCACACACUAUUCCUUGACCUGAGAAGUUUCACUUCAAGGAGGGU